GUGCAAUUGGUCGCCAGAUUAUGGUGCGACAGGAGGAGAGUGAGGUGGCAACUGGCAGGAGCAGACACUGGUUCAAGAAGUGACUGUCUAGCUGUGACAUAUCACCAGAACGUGACUUCUGUACUUCGUGAAGGUGCUACUUUCAUUGACAAGGUCCUGUGCUAUCCAGCGCUGCCAUGUCGGCGAAAGCCAUCUCGGAGCAGACAGGGAAGGAGUUCCUGUACAAGUACAUCUGCACCACUGCAGCUGUGCAGAACCGCUUUCGCUAUGCAACAGUCACAGCUGAGACGGACUGGGACCACAUCACACAGGAGCAUCCGUGGCUGCUGACUGAGCGGCUGGUGGUGAAGCCAGAUCAGCUGAUCAAGCGGCGUGGGAAGCUUGGGCUUGUGGGCAUCAACCUUGACCUGCAGGGAGUCCAGGAGUGGCUCAAAUCCAGGCUCAUGAGAGAGACCACUGUGGGGAAGGCAAAGGGAGUGCUGAAAAACUUCCUCAUUGAGCCAUUUGUUCCACACACACAGGAGGAGGAGUUCUAUGUGUGCAUCUAUGCCACUCGUGAGGGUGACCAUGUGCUGUUCCACCACGAGGGAGGAGUGGAGGUCGGUGACGUCGAUGCCAAGGCCCAGAGGCUGAUGGUUGCAGUGGAUGAGAAGCUGAGUGAGGACCAAGUCACAGAGCAGCUCCUCACACACGUGCCUGAUGAUAAGAAAGAGGUCCUGGCCAGUUUCAUUGUGGGUCUUUUCAACUUAUAUGAAGACCUGUACUUCACUUACCUGGAAAUCAACCCCCUAGUCAUUACCCAAGAUGGGGUUUACGUCCUUGACAUGGCAGCCAAGAUUGAUGCAACAGCUGAUUACAUCUGCAAGGCUAAAUGGGGAGAUGUGGACUUCCCUCCCCCCUUUGGCAGAGAAGCGUAUCCAGAGGAGGCUUACAUAGCAGAUCUGGAUGCAAAGAGUGGUGCCAGUCUGAAGUUGACCCUGCUGAAUCCUCAUGGCAGGAUCUGGACCAUGGUGGCUGGAGGAGGGGCUUCAGUCGUCUAUAGUGACACCAUCUGUGACUUGGGCGGGGUAGAUGAGCUGGCUAAUUAUGGAGAAUACUCUGGUGCACCCAGUGAACAACAAACCUAUGACUACGCAAAGACCAUCCUUUCGCUCAUGACCCGGGAAAAACAUCCUCAAGGGAAAGUGCUGAUAAUUGGAGGAAGUAUUGCAAACUUCACCAAUGUAGCAGCCACAUUUAAGGGCAUUGUCAGGGCCAUCAAAGACUACCAAGGUCCGCUGAAGGAGCAUGAAGUCACCAUCUUUGUUAGACGUGGUGGGCCGAACUACCAGGAAGGACUGAGGGUGAUGGGGGAAGUAGGCAAGACUACAGGUAUUCCUAUUCAUGUGUUUGGUACUGAGACACACAUGACAGCCAUUGUUGGAAUGGCUCUGGGCCACCGGCCAAUCCCCAACCAACCUCCCAUGGACGCACAUACAGCCAACUUCCUCCUCAAUGCCAGCAACAACAGUGCAAAGACUCCAGCUGCCACGAGGACAGCCUCAUUCUCUGAACCCAGGACAUCCAACGAUGCCACUCCAGCCAAAAAGUGUAAAGCAGGUCUUCCAGCAGAAGCGCAGGCCUCUUCAGGCUGCAGUGGAGCAAAAGCCACUACACUUUUCAGCAAACAUACCAAGACCAUUGUCUGGGGCAUGCAGACACGUGCUGUGCAAGGCAUGCUGGACUUUGACUAUGUGUGCUCUAGGGAUGAGCCUUCUGUGGGAGCCAUGGUCUACCCUUUCACUGGGGAUCAUAAACAGAAGUUCUACUGGGGACACAAGGAGAUCCUGAUCCCAGUCUACAAGAACAUGGCCGAUGCUAUGAAGAAGCACCCUGAGGUAGACGUGUUGAUCAGCUUCGCCUCCCUGCGCUCAGCGUUUGACAGCACAGUGGAAGCAAUGCAGUACCCGCAGAUUCACACUAUUGCCAUCAUAGCUGAAGGUAUUCCUGAAGCCCAGACAAGAAAGAUGAUCAAGAUGGCUGAUGAGAAAGGUGUCACCAUCAUCGGCCCUGCCACGGUCGGAGGCAUCAAGCCAGGCUGUUUCAAGAUCGGUAACACAGGUGGCAUGCUGGACAACAUCCUGGCUUCCAAACUGUAUCGGCCUGGUAGUGUGGCAUAUGUGUCCCGCUCUGGGGGCAUGUCCAAUGAGCUGAACAACAUCAUAUCCCGCACCACUGAUGGUGUCUUUGAAGGCGUGGCCAUCGGUGGAGACAGAUACCCAGGCUCCACCUUCAUGGACCAUGUCCUUCGUUACCAGGACACGCCAGGUGUUAAGAUGAUAGUGGUGCUGGGAGAGAUUGGUGGCACAGAAGAAUACAAGAUCUGCCAAGGCAUCAGGGAGGGCAGGAUAACCAAACCUGUGGUGUGCUGGUGCAUUGGAACCUGUGCCACCAUGUUUGCUUCAGAGGUUCAGUUUGGCCAUGCAGGCGCCUGUGCCAACCAGGAUUCGGAAACGGCAGUGGCCAAGAACCAGGCUUUGAGGGAUGCCGGAGCAUACGUACCAAAGAGCUUCGAUGAACUGGGCGACGUCAUCAAGACUGUGUACGAUGAACUGGUGGCCAACGGUACCAUUGUUCCCGCCCAGGAAGUGCCUCCCCCAACAGUACCUAUGGAUUACUCCUGGGCCAGGGAGUUGGGUCUGAUCCGUAAGCCAGCUUCAUUCAUGACCAGUAUCUGUGAUGAGCGAGGCCAGGAGCUCAUCUACGCUGGGAUGCCCAUCACAGAGGUGUUUAAAGAAGAGAUGGGAUUAGGAGGAGUCCUGGGUCUGCUCUGGUUUCAGCGCAGGUUGCCGCGCUACGCCUGCCAGUUCAUUGAGAUGUGCCUGAUGGUGACCGCUGACCACGGGCCAGCUGUGUCCGGUGCACACAACACCAUCGUCUGUGCUCGUGCUGGAAAGGACCUGAUCUCGAGUCUGACGUCUGGCCUGCUCACCAUCGGGGAUCGUUUUGGAGGUGCUCUGGAUGCAGCGGCAAAGCAGUUCAGCAAAGCGUUUGACAGCGGGAUGCUGCCCAUGGAGUUCGUCAAUAAGAUGAAGAAGGAUGGGAAGCUGAUCAUGGGCAUCGGACACAGAGUAAAAUCUAUCAACAACCCAGACAUGCGAGUCCAGAUCCUGAAGGACUUUGUUAAACAGCAUUUCCCUUCCACUCAACUACUUGACUAUGCCCUAGAUGUAGAGAAGAUCACCACAUCUAAGAAACCAAAUCUGAUCCUGAAUGUUGACGGUUUUAUUGGAGUUGCUUUUGUGGAUCUGCUCAGGACGUGUGGUGGCUUCACACGGGAUGAGGCAGACGAGUUUGUGGAGAUCGGUGCACUAAAUGGGAUCUUUGUCCUAGGCCGAAGCAUGGGUUUCAUCGGCCAUUAUCUGGACCAGAAGAGGCUGAAACAGGGUCUGUAUCGUCAUCCGUGGGACGACAUCUCCUACGUGCUUCCUGAACAUAUGUCCAUGUAAACCCUUUAUCACAAGAAGGGACGCACAUCUGAUGUGACUGCCCACAACGGUUAAGCAGCAUUCACAUCACACUUACGUAUAGGUACACUCUGAUUUUGACAACCGCUGCCUCUGGGAAAUGGGGCAGGAGGAUUCUGGAAGGAGUAAAUAACUGUCUGAGUGAGGGAUCUGGGCAGAUGAUUUCCAUCAUGUUUUUAUGGAGAAAAAGGGGACAUAUAUUUUUAGAAUUAGUUUUGAGAAAUUAUUUAAAAGGUCUAUGAAGUAACUUGUUUAGUUUUGAACAACAAAAGCCAAAACAAUGCAAAUUACAGCAGUUGCAGGAGCACAAAAUUAGUCGGUACUUAUAAAAAUAGCGAUCUGUUUUGCGUAGUCGGUCAAAGGGCAGGCUUCCGUCACGGUUCCAGGUUUAAAGAGCUGAUCAGUUCAUCUGCAGUUACAGCUGCUGAUGUAGAACUAACUCAAGCUCGGCAAUAGUUACUGAUGUUUUUUAUGUUAUUUAAAAUACUAACUGGUUUCUUUUAAUCAGCAGUUGCCUGUUUAGUUCACGAGAAAGUGUGCUUUCUAAAUAUUGCACCUUAGUGUAAACACUAGGAAAUCUAGAUCUAAUAAUAUUAAUCCCUCCUCCAAGUUUUCACUCCCACUGAAAAGCAGAAACCAAAGUUGUUUUUAGGAGUUUGUCUUUGUUAUGCCAAGUAAAAGAACAGGUUCAAGUGAGUUUAUUUAUGCUAUGUUUUCAAAUGAGGCAUCUUACUGAUAGAAGGGAAUUUAACAAGCAUGACAUGAAGCAAAAUGAUGAUUUCUGUGUCACUUUGCCUUCCGUAGUAAAACCAUGGUCCCGAUGAUUGGUUGGAAUUGAUCCGUUAUUGUGAAUCCAGUGCAGUCUAGCAGAAUUCAAGUCUUUUACAUUAAGUCUUGAACAAGUUUAAUGCUGUUCUGAAUUGAAAAGGCUUUGUGAAUAUGCCCUGUGAGUGUUGAAAGCAUCGUUGAGGAGGGACCAUGAAAGCAGGGAGCUUUGUUUUGGAAAAUUCUCAGUCUAUGGAUGCCAAAACUGUUAAAAAAAAAAAAAAAAAGUAAUAUUAUUUCAACUCCAAAUAAGUCUGCACUCCAACUGAAAAUGCUUUGUAACUGCCCUCUUUAUGGCCUGCUGUGUUUGAUCUUUGUUUUGCUGUUUUUAUUUAACUGUGAAAAUGCUUUGGUUUUUUUUUUUGUUUUUGUUUUUUGUAAUAUGCUGUCAUAUAAUAGAAUAAUAAAGAACUUAUUGUCUUAA